AAAACACUUUCGUUUUUUACCAGAAUUGACAAGCAAACAACAGGUCUUGCAAUCAGCUUUAUUUCAACUAUUGGAAUUUAGAUAUGGGCAGACCAAACUGGAUCUUUUGGCUGCUCUGUGUGUUGGGGUGUGAGUGUGUGCCUGUGGCGGAUGUCGUGUGGCCCAACCACGGGAUGAUCCAAUCACCGGACUUCCCUCAGCCGUACCUCCCAGACCUGCUGAAGCGCUGGGACCUCCGUGUUGCCGACGGUUACCAGAUCCAGCUCACCUUCACACACAUGGACAUAGAGCCUACUCAAGACUGCAGUUACGAUUCUCUAGUGCUUCUCUCGGAUGAUAAAAAGUUGUUGGGGAAGUUCUGUGGCCAGGAGGAUUCCCCCGAUGGGAAUCAUCCCGGCAACCAGCCCAUCCUGUCACCUGGCAACAAGAUGUCCCUGGUGUUCCAAACGGACAACACUAACUCUGAGCUGCACAAGGGCUUCUCGGCUCACUACCAGGCCAUGGACAUCGAUGAGUGUGCGCUACUGGAUCCGGACUCAGAGCCACUCUGCUCCCAGAUCUGUCACAACACCCUGGGCUCGUACCUCUGCUCCUGUCACCAUGGCUUCGAGCUACGCCCAGACCAACACACCUGUAUGGCCUCCUGCGUCGGGGGAGUAUUUUCCGAACUCACGGGUCAUCUGUCCAGCCCGGGGUUCCCUGACGCCUCCCUCCGUAAACUGGACUGCCGGUACCUCAUCUCAGUGGAGCCCGGCUUCACCGUCACCCUGAACUUCACCUCCACCUUUCACAUCGAGAGCGUCGAGGGGGAGGAGGGCUCGAGCUGCUUGUACCAUUGGUUAGAGGUGACGGUCCAGGACCAGCAGCCUGUGCGGCUGUGUGGGGAUCAGAGUCCAGGACUCAUGAUCACCGACUCAAACAACGUCACUCUGGACUUCCACACAGACUCAGAGGGAGUGAGCGAUGGCUGGAGCCUGCACUACAGCACCGAGAGGGUGAGCUGUCCGACACCGGGUAGCUUGACCCACGGCAGGGUAACACCGGCCUUCAACCAGUACCUCUACAAAGACUACAUCCACAUCCGCUGUGACCAGGGAUACAAACUAAUGAUGUACGGUCGAGAGAUAGACAGCUCAGUUAUCCGGUGUCAGAGCAAUGGACAGUGGCACCUCCCUCUCCCAGAGUGCCAGAUCAUCGAUUGUGGGAAGCCUGAAGAGUUGCUGAAUGGCGGAAUCAAAUAUCUAUCUGGCUCGGACUAUCAGCACCUCUCUGUGAUCCAGUACCACUGUAAUGAGCCUUAUUACAAUCUGGUGGGAGGAGUGGAAGUGAGUUUUACAUGUACAGCAGACAGAAAGUGGCGCGACAACAAUGAUGUCCCUGUAGUUCCAGUUUGUCUACCAGUUUGUGGGAAGCCGACAGCGCGGGCGGGUCAGGCUGGGAGGAUCCUCGGGGGCAAGUUGGCUCUCCCCGACACUUUCCCUUGGCAAGUGCUGCUGAACGUGAACGGACGGGCAGGGGGCAUCGUGAUCAGGGACAGAUGGGUAAUGACAGCAGCGCAUAACCUCGUUCACAGCGGCGUACAAGUAAACAAAGAUCAAGUUAUAGUUCGGGGAGGACACAUUGAUGUUAAUGAAUUGAUAAAUAGAGCAGCAGCGAGUGUCGCCUCUCUCCAUGUCCAUCCUGGUUACGACAACCCAAACCACAUCAACUAUGACAAUGACAUUGCCUUGAUCAGACUGCAAAAUCGGAUAACGUUUAAUUCCUCAAUUAUGCCGAUCUGCUUGCCACCAGAUGGCGCCACUUACGAAGACGGCGUUAUGGGACUAGUCUCGGGCUUUGGGGUUUCACAGAAAGACGGAACAUCCAUCCUCAGCAACAAGCUGAUGUUUUUCAGUCCUCCCGUCGUCAACCAGCAGACGUGCAUCCGAUCGCUGGCAGGUGAGAGCCUACGGCUGACGGACAACAUGAUCUGCGCGGGAAUGCCAGACGGCAAGAGCGAUGCGUGCCAGGGAGACAGCGGCAGCGCGCUGGCCAUCAGCCAGGGGGACAUCUACACCGCCGCGGGCAUCGUCAGCUGGGGCAUCGACUGCAACACCCGCGGGAAAUACGGAGUCUACACCAGAGUGGUCAACUAUCUGGACUGGAUCAAAAAGACCAUGGACGACAACGACAUAUAAUAAAGCAUGUCUUGCUCUGAUGUUUUCUGUGGUGUUUGUUUGUCCUCGUAUGUAUAAAAAGAGUCCUGUAUUAAGUAUAAAGCAGUGAGAGACGUAGAAGAUUCAUAGCUUGCUUUUAAUCCACUUCCGUGUAUGUUCUUCCUCCAAUCA